UUCUCGUUGAACAGACAACUCUCUUUCCUUUUGGCUUUUGCUGAGAGAGAAAAUUAAAGAAGAAAAACAAAAUCCAUGAAUGCUUUUCCUACCUUUCUAUCUUUUUCCAGAUUCAUGUUUUGAUUAAUUUUGCAUCUUGUAUAUAUUGGUAUUUUUCAAGAUUUUCGGAAUUUGUUGUGAUAUACCUUUAAAAUACUUCAAGGGAGAACAAUUGGCGUUUAUGUGGAAUAUUGACAAAAAGCAGCAAUAUAUUGAAGGAGAAUUUUUGUGGUAAUUAAUUUCUUUUAUAGUUGAAGAACAACAAUGAUGUGCUGUGGAGGUGCGGAAGAAGACAGUUAUAGCGGCGGUCCGCCGGCUAAUCAAAAUACAGCCCCUCCGAGAGCCGGCAAUCCCUAUGGCGGCGGUGCUGGUGGUGCUAGUGAAAGAGGAGAGCCAAGGAGUGCUGCUAGGAGUGGAGCUCCUCAGAAAGUUCUACCGAUUGAGGUACCAGAAAUGUCCUUGGAUGAGCUAAAUAGACUUACUGGUAACUUUGGACAGAAAGCUCUGAUUGGAGAGGGAUCUUAUGGCCGCGUUUUUGGUGCUAAAUUAAGCAAUGGCCAACAAGCAGCAAUUAAGAAAUUGGAUACUAGUUCUUCACCAGAACCAGAUUCUGACUUUGCAUCCCAGUUAUCAAUAGUUUCAAGACUUAAACAUGAUCAUUUUGUGACUCUGAUGGGGUAUUGCCUGGCAGCAAAUAAUCGAAUCUUGGUUUAUGAGUUCGCAACCAUGGGCUCGUUGCAUGAUGUGUUACAUGGUAGAAAAGGAGUACAAGGUGCUGAGCCUGGUCCAGUUCUUACUUGGAAUCAGAGAGUUAAAGUUGCUUAUGGUGCAGCUAGAGGCCUCGAAUAUCUACACGAAAAAGUUCAACCACCAAUUAUUCAUCGUGAUGUCAGAUCCAGCAACGUGCUACUCUUUGAUGAUUUUACAGCAAAGAUUGCUGAUUUCAACUUGACAAACCAGUCUUCAGACACAGCAGCUCGUCUGCAUUCCACUAGAGUUCUUGGGACAUUUGGCUACCAUGCUCCAGAGUAUGCCAUGACAGGACAGAUAACACAAAAAAGCGAUGUGUAUAGUUUCGGAGUUGUUCUCUUAGAGCUAUUGACAGGAAGGAAGCCAGUAGAUCAUACAAUGCCCAAAGGCCAACAGAGUCUUGUUACAUGGGCAACUCCGCGAUUAAGUGAAGACAAAGUGAAGCAGUGUGUUGAUCCCAAGCUAAAUAAUGAGUACCCUCCAAAGGCAAUUGCUAAGAUGGCAGCUGUUGCAGCACUUUGUGUUCAAUACGAGGCAGAUUUCCGGCCAAACAUGACAAUUGUGGUUAAGGCACUGCAACCACUUCUCAAUGCAAAACCAGCAGGAUCAGAGCCUCAAGCAUAAGACAUUCUUGAUUGAAACAAGCAUGCCUAAUUCUUAAAAAGUUCAUGGUUUCGUUGCCAAUCCUGAAAAGAGGAAUUCUUGAGUUAUUGUCAUAGUAGUAGCAGAUAAUUGUUAAUUUCCCUCUUUUCUAGUCUGUUUCUACAAUUAGAAGCUAUGGACCUUUUGGAUUUUGCCUUUAAACAAGAAAUUUCUUAACUAGGUUCUUUGUGAAAUGAUGCUAGGAUAUCAGCUUCGUGUUUGUUUUUCCUUUUUUUCUUCUUUACUUAUGAGGCCAAAUUCCAAUC